AUGUCGUCAUCACACCCCGCUUCCCAAUCCUUCGUGGCAGUUUUUGUAGGCGCAACGAGGGGUAUUGGUCUCGCUACUCUCAAGGUUCUUAUCCGGACUUUGCCUAAUCCGAGAAUCUACGUUAUUGGUCGGUCGAAAGCGAGUUUUGCGGGUGAACUCGCACUGCUGAACGAACAUAACCCCAAUGCCACGAUCCAAUUCGUCGAAGCUGAGGUUUCGCUUAUCAAAGCUAUCGAUAGUGCUUGUGAGAGGAUUAUGAAAUUGGAGAAACAUGUGGAUUUGUUGUUUAUGAGUCCAGGAUAUUUGGCGUUCGGGGGACCGCACUAUACAGAGGAGAAACUUGAUAUUUGUUUUGCUCUAUCCUUUUACAUCCGCAUGCGUCUUAUCGAACGCUUACUCCCCAUACUCAUGCAAGCAUCCCACCCACGGGUUCUCUCCGUCUUAGCCGGAGGUCAUGAGGGUCCACUCUUCAUCAAUGACGGGGAUAUUGGAUUGCGCAAGAAAGGUAACUAUACAGCGCCGAGGGCGGUAAAUCAGGUCACUACACUGCACAGUCUUGCUUUCAUCCAUUUCGCGUCUCAUUCCCCAAAGGUUUCUUGGAUGCAUGUCCAUCCUGGCUGGGUGGCGACUACCUUUCUGUCUGAUUUGCUGCAGAGCGCUGGGGCUGUUGGUGUGCUAGCUGGGAAGAUUGUUUUGCCUGUUUACCGAUUAGUAGCUAUGUCUGAGGAAGAAUGUGGACGACGGCAGGCUGGCUAUGCUUUGAGUGGGAGAUAUCCAAGCAGAGAAAUGAUUUGUUCUGCAGUUGUAGACGUCACUGAUCAAGCAGCUUGCCAUGGGCCGUGUAGUGGUUUUUAUCGUCUCUUGAGUGACGGGAGCACAGUUACGGAUGGCAAAGUGCUGGGGCCUCUGGAGAGAGAAGGAUGGCCUCUCAGGGUUUUGGAGCAUAUCCAGCAGGUGUUUGAUGAGACAUUAAGUCAAAAGUAG